AUGAGUGAUUCUUUGACAAAAUUAUCAACUGAAUUAGAGUAUUUAAUUGAUAAAACAUGGAAUUUAUAUGUAACUGUUACUGAUUUUCAAGCACAAUCUCAACCUCGUGUUGAUCAAGUACUUAAUGAAAUUAUUGGUCUAUUAAAAGAUGUUGAUCAAAUGAAAGAUCAAUUUCAAGAUAUACAUAUUCCUGGACAAUUAUUAAAUUAUGUUGAUGAUCUUAAAAAUCCUCAACUGUUUACACGUGAUUGUUUACAACGUACACUUGAACGAAAUGAAGAAAUAAAUGGAAAAAAUGAAACACUUGCUAAAUUUGCUGAUACAUUAGCUGUUGAAUUAAGUUCACAAUUUCCUACACAAAUGGCUCAAUAUCGUUUAUGGAAAACAAAACAAUCUUCUAUUGAUCAUGAAUUAUAUAACAAUAUUCUCCAAGUUGUAGAACAAGUAUUAAAUGAAACACGAGCUGAUAAUACACAACAAGGUUCAACACAUUAUCAUGCUAGAAGUAUUCAACCUAAAUGGGCAAAAGUCCAGUAG